UAGUCAUACAGCACUAGAUGUAGAUUAUAAACUCUCUCUAUGCCUAUAUAUUCUUGAGCUAGCUACCAAGACAACAAUCACUUGAUCCACAAAGCCAAAAGCUAAGCAUUCCUAAGAAACAUACCUGAGAGCCAAGAACAACCAGCCAUGAUCCACCCCAAGAGGCUUGCUCAGCUAGCGAGGAGGUUGCAGAGGGUCAAGACGACCACCAGGGAAGACGAUAACUGCGGCACGAGUUCUCCAGUUGCAGACAAGGGCCACUGCACCGUGUACACAGCAGAGGGGAGGCGGUUUGAGGUGCCAUUGGCAUACCUCGGAACAACAGUCUUCAGCGAACUCCUGAGGAUGUCCCAAGAGGAAUUUGGGUUCACCAGUGACGGAAGGAUUACACUGCCCUGUGAUGCAGCCAUCAUGGAGUAUGUCAUGUGUUUGCUGAGGAGAAAUGCAUCAGAGGAAGUUGAGAGGGCGUUCCUGAGCUCUGUAGUGAUGUCUUGCCAAAAUUCAAGCUGUACAGUGCCACCUGUGACAUUGCAUCAACAAUUAGCAGUUUGUAGCUCCUGAAGAUAUAUACACACACACACACAUAAUUUUGCACUGUUCAUUGUCCCAU